GAAAAUAAUAAUCGCAAUACUUGUUUCUUUCUUCACAAGUCAAAUUAAAAGAAAGUAUACUUCUUCAUGUCUCAAUCAAAUUCGAACCAAAUACCCGGUGAUCCUCAACUUGACUCUGCUGAAAAUGUCCUCAGGAAAGCUACCUUUGAAACCGAUUCACUCUCCCCUUCAACUUCUGCUCUUCAAGCUCCAACCUCCGAAUCUAUUCUCUCAGCCUACGCUCGUCCAUCAACUCUCCACCCACUCUCUAACGUCACCGCCGAUCUUGAUUAUCUCGCCCUAGAUGAAGCCGCUCUAUCCUCAAUUGCUGGAUCUCAGUCAGUACUUCCUAACAGGGGAUGGUCCGAUGAGCUGUGUUAUGGCACUGGUACGGUCUAUGUGGGCGGACUUGGACUUGGUGGACUAUGGGGUCUGCGCGAGGGAUGGCAACGAAGUAAAGCUAUUGCAGCCGGGCGGGUGGCUCGGUCACUGGCUAGCUCGGCUGCUGCUGCUGCAUCGGCUCAGAAAGCUGCUGCCGCCGCUCAGGCAGCUAGCUCGAAACCAGCGGCCACAGGAGCGGCAGCGGCGGCCACAGCUGCAUUCGAGGGCGCCACAGGAGGUGUGAGCUGGAGGUUAAGAUUGAAUGCCAUACUGAAUGGGAUCACUCGAAGAGGAAGCUUUACCGGUAAUACUUGUGGGAUUUUGGCUUUGAUGUACAAUGCAUUCAACUGCACGUUGGACCGAUACCGAGAACAACAUGAUAAUUGGAACUCUAUCAUGGCUGGUGGCUUGACAGGUGCCCUAUUUCGAUGCACAGCUGGACCUCAGAAAAUGUUGAUUGCAUCCUCCCUAAUGGCUGCUGGUGCAAUGGGUUGGUCAACGGCCAAACCGCAUCUGAUUUAAAAAUUAUUCACAGCUUCAUGAAUUAGAAUUUUGGCUAUUAUCAGCAUUUUGUGUCUCUUAGUCUGGAUGAUAUGGGUUCAGGAAGACUUUGUAGAGAAGAACUUAGAUAGCGAUUUCGGUGUGAUGGCACCUUUGACAAAACAAUCCCUCGAUUCAUAUGAUACCUCAAUGAUCCCCACUCAAGGCUAUUCUUUGCGAGCGGCAGCCAAGCCGAAGUGAAGGCUUAGGGAGGAUUUUGUGUAUUAUAGAUUCGAUACUAGAAUAUCAUUAGAGACCGUGGCAUGCCUACAAUAUUCAUUGACCUGUAUGUCCUACUUAUACCAGG